AUCGCCUGGGGACGGAGGGGGUCUCAGCGUUGGGGAGAAGAUCCACGGUGCUUCCGCCGAGCCCGGCUUGAGGACUGCGCUGCGCAGCGCCCACUCUGCGCCUGCCUGUGCCGGCGACGCUCUGCCGGCUCUCGUUAGCAAUAAAGCGACAUCGGGCUUGUGCGCUCAUUGUUGGCUUAUUCAACUUGGAAUUGAAGUUGGCAAAGAUGAGUGGGAGAUUUACAGGGAGCGACUAGUCAACAUGGCGACAAGUUGGGCACCUGCAUCACUUUGUGGAAAUUUUAAACAGUCACAGUAAUAAAGAGCCAGAAGCCGCGACCGGUUCGUGCUGAAUGCAAUGCUGUAAACGUACGACUUUCGCAGCUGUGAGCAAAACAAGUACAGAAGACUCAGGAUGAAAAGAUGGCACCGCUGUUGUUACCACCAGGUCCUGACAGCUUGCACCGGUUCACUCGUGAAUCUCUCACUGCUAUUGAGAACCGGAUUGCUGAGGAGCAGGCCAGGAAUGCCAAGCAGGAGUAUCGAGAGGACACGGGAGCUGAGGAAGAGGUGCUACAAACACGAGCUGACCUGGAGGCUGGAAAACAGCUGCCACGCAUCUUUGGGGAUAUUCCCUCUGACAUUGUUGGUGUGCCUCUGGACGAUAUUGAUCCCUUUUAUUUUAACAAUAAGAAAACUUUCAUAGUACUGAACAAAGGAAAAGCCAUCUUCCGAUUUAGUGCCACAUCUGCACUGUAUAUAUUUAGUCCUUUCCAUCCUAUUAGAAGAGCAGCAAUUAGAAUUUUAGUUCACUCAUUAUUCAGUCUUUUUAUAAUGUGCACUAUUUUGACCAACUGUGUGUUCAUGGCUAUGACCGAUCCAGAACCUUGGGCCAAGUAUGUAGAGUACACUUUCACUGGCAUAUAUACUUUUGAAUCUCUGAUAAAAAUUCUGGCAAGAGGAUUCUGCAUCGGGCCAUUCACAUUUCUGAGAGAUCCAUGGAAUUGGUUGGAUUUCAGUGUUAUUGUCAUGGCAUAUGUUACUGAGUUUGUCGACUUGGGCAAUGUGUCAGCGUUAAGAACGUUCCGAGUACUCCGAGCACUGAAAACUAUCUCUGUCAUUCCAGGCUUGAAAACCAUUGUAGGUGCACUGAUUCAGUCAGUAAGAAAACUAGCGGAUGUGAUGAUUCUGACUGUUUUCUGCCUGAGUGUUUUCGCCCUCAUUGGCCUUCAACUUUUCAUGGGUAACCUCAGACAAAAAUGUGUCAAGGACUUUGAAAAAUUAAAUGACACCCUUUCGGGCACAUUUUACUGGAAUGAUGAUAACUGGACUUCCUAUGAAGCAUUCAUCUCUGAUUCAGCUAACUACUAUACGGAAGAGGAAGCCAAAGACCCCCUGCUAUGUGGAAAUGGAAGCGAUGCUGGAAAAUGCCCUGAUGGUUAUGCAUGCAUAAAAACAGGAAAAAAUCCAAAUUAUGGUUAUACCAGCUUUGACACCUUUGGGUGGGCCUUUCUUGCCUUGUUCCGUCUGAUGACUCAGGACUAUUGGGAGAACCUUUACCAGCAGACUCUCAGAACUGCGGGAAAGACGUAUAUGAUCUUCUUCGUGUUAGUCAUUUUUCUGGGCUCUUUCUACCUUGUGAACUUGAUCCUAGCUGUGGUUGCCAUGGCAUAUGAAGAACAGAACCAGGCUACCAUUGCAGAGGCCUGGCAGAAGGAGAGAGAAUUCCAACUAGCAAUGGAGCAGUUAAAACGGGAGCAGCAGGCAGUUGUUAGUAAAAUAGAGACAGACUCCGUUCUAUCUCCAGAAAUGUCACCUUUGGCCUUAAAAGAUGCCAAAGAGAGGAAAAACAGAAAAAAAAGACAGAAGACUCUCUCUGAAGAGACAGAAGAUGGUGAUGAGGAGAAAAUGCCUAAAAUGGAUUCCACUGAUUUGCCAAAGGUUUUUCCUCGCUUAAGUCAGACAAUCUUGUCCAGCCAUCGGGGAAGUCCUGGAAGCAGAGACCAGGAUGCUGAGUUUGCAGAUGAUGAAUACAGUGCAGCAGGGGACAAUGAGAGUCGCAGAGGUUCUCUGUUUAUACCAUGGCACAAGCGACGAAGUAGUUCCCUUAGUAUAGCAAGCCACAGCUCCCAGACUAAUACCCUAAGCCUGAACAUUAAUGGAAAAUUGAAUGCUGCACUGAACCGUAAUGGAGUGGUCUCCUUAGGACCCCCUUCUUCUUUAAACUUGCCUGCAGUAGUGGUGGAAAAACCUGUAACUGAAGAUAAUGCAAUUAAUUCAGACAGCGAAGCAAGCAAGGGACUGAUCGCACACCGGGUAUCUGUUGAUUAUCUGGAUGAACCAUUCCAAAGAGAAAGGGCUUUGAGUACAGCCAGCGUUCUGACUAAUGCAAUGGAAGAAUUGGAAGAGUCACGUCAGAAAUGCCAUCCUUGCUGGUACCGUUUUGCAAAUAAGUAUCUAAUUUGGGAUUGCUGCCCUCUCUGGCUGAAAAUAAAGGAAUGGGUGAAAUUUGUGGUGAUGGACCCAUUUUUGGACCUUGCAAUCACUAUCUGCAUUGUACUAAAUACCCUGUUCAUGGCCCUUGAACAUUACCCAAUGACUGAUGAGUUUACCAAAAUGCUGUCUGUAGGAAACCAGGUGUUUACUGGCAUCUUCACUGCAGAGAUGGUUUUCAAGAUCAUUGCCCUGGAUCCAUAUUACUACUUUCAGCAGGGGUGGAACAUAUUUGACAGCAUUAUUGUCAGCCUGAGUUUAAUGGAGCUUGGACUUGCCAAUGUGGAAGGGCUGUCAGUUCUACGAUCCUUUAGACUGACUGUGACAGAUAUUAUCUUUACCAGCUCCCCAAACCAUUCAAUCACUAUUUGUGUCAUGUGGAUUUUGGGCAUUGCUAUCCAGGCUGAUUCCCCCACUAAUAAGUACAGCAAGAAUUUAGAAGAACUUCCGGUUGAGCGAACGCUGGCGGGACUGGUCGCUGCUGCUCACCGGUAA